AAUGGGGAGGGGGGAGGAAAGGGCAGCCCUCUCGCUCCGCGCGGCUGCUGCCCCAGGAGCGAAUGAAUAAGGCGGCGCUGACGAGGGCGUCCGAUCCACACGCGCUCCGCACCCGGGCCCUCUCCAAGUUGGAAAGGACAAAAAGAAGGCAAUAAAUGCUAACAAGGGAGAGAAAGGGAGCCGGAUCGAGCGGCAACUCCCGGCCUCUGCUGGGAGAGGGAGGGCGAGAGCCGGAGAGAGCGAGCGCGCGCGAGGGCGAGCCAUGCACGUAAAGAAACUGACACCCGGACCCCCCACUUCUCCUGCACGUUGCUGGCAAUCAGAUCGCGUUUAAGCAAUUUCCUGAGCCCAAGAAUAGCAAUGAGUCGGGAGACUUUCGCGGGCUGAAAUUGGGAGCUCCAAGCACUCUCCCCCCACCACUUUUUUUUUUUUUCCUGGAGAAGGGGUGGGGGGGCGCUACAAUUUGGAAACGGCAUUUUUUUUUUUUUUUUUUUUAAAUCUUGCACUUUGAAACCGCGGGACUGUAGCAGGGUGCGCGCGUGUGGUUGGUGCCUUUUUUUCCCCCCUGCCUAAACUCCUCUGUCAGCCUGUAAACAUUACCUGAGAAUUCCCCAGCCGAAACGACUGCUGGGGCAAGAAACUUCUUGUUAGAACUUUCCACCUCCGGCUUCCCCUCCAGCCCUCUUACUGUCCCAACCUUCUCAGACGCUUUUUCUCCUCCCGAGGAGGAUUUAUCUUUUUUUUUUUUUUCCUCACCCGGUGUUUUGCAUUUGGGAAGAGGUGAUUUCAAGAGUGGCCAGGUGGGACGCCUCCCCCCUUAAUUCGGUUUAUUUAUUAUUGUUUGGGGUGUUUUCUUUUUUAAUUCCUGUUUUGCUCGGUCCGGGGAGUUUCGCCCCCCUGCCCGGCUCCGCGGCGCGUAGGAUGGUGUGGAAACGGCUGGGCGCGUUGGUGGUGUUCCCUCUGCAGAUGAUCUAUCUGGUGGCCAAAGCAGCCGUCGGACUGGUGCUGCCCGCCAAGCUGCGGGACCUGUCGCGGGAGAACGUCCUCAUCACGGGAGGCGGGAGAGGCAUCGGGCGCCAGCUCGCUCGCGAGUUCGCAGAACGCGGCGCCAGAAAGAUCGUCCUCUGGGGCCGGACUGAGAAAUGCCUGAAGGAGACGACGGAGGAGAUUCGGCAGAUGGGCACCGAGUGCCACUACUUCAUCUGUGAUGUGGGCAACCGGGAGGAGGUGUACCAGACGGCCAAAGCUGUCCGGGAGAAGGUGGGCGAUAUCACCAUCCUGGUGAACAAUGCUGCUGUGGUCCACGGGAAGAGCCUCAUGGACAGUGACGAUGACGCCCUUCUCAAGUCACAGCACAUCAACACCCUGGGCCAGUUCUGGACCACCAAGGCCUUCUUGCCGCGGAUGCUGGAGCUGCAGAAUGGCCACAUUGUGUGUCUCAACUCCGUGCUGGCACUCUCCGCCAUCCCCGGCGCCAUUGACUACUGCACGUCCAAAGCCUCGGCCUUCGCCUUCAUGGAAAGCCUCACCCUGGGGCUGCUGGACUGUCCUGGAGUCAGCGCCACCACCGUGCUGCCCUUCCACACCAGCACCGAGAUGUUCCAGGGCAUGAGGGUCAGCCACAACAGCUACUUUAUAAACGCAGCUGCAUUUGGCCCUCAGCAGCCUCGUGAGAGCGCUCUUGUUCCCAUUUCACAGACGUGGGAACUGAGGCUCAGAGGAGCGAAGUUACUUGCCCAGGGCCACACAGAGGGAAAUCGGCUGAACAUGCUUCUUCCACAAGUCUGGGCUGCCUCCGUGGGGGUUCCCCAACCUCUUCCCGCCGCUGAAGCCCGAGAUGGUGGCCCGGAGGACGGUGGAAGCCGUGCAGCUCAAUCAGGCCCUGCUCCUCCUCCCGUGGACCAUGCAUGCCCUCAUUAUCUUGAAAAGCAUACUCCCACAGGCUGCACUGGAGGAGAUCUACAAAUUCUCAGGAACCUACACCUGCAUGAACACUUUCAAAGGGCGGACAUAAAGGCCGGAUGCAGAGACACGCUCGCAAGCCACGGAACCUGAGGGGGCCACGGUGCUGGGCACACACCCACGCGCCUGUCCCUUGGCACACUUCUGCUGGGUGAGCAGGACUGCUCCUGGCCCCAGGAAGAAUCCGGGUGCCCCCCCCCAGGCCAGCCCCAGGACCUUUGCACAGGACUGACGGGUGUAACUCUGACCCCCAUGGGGAGGCGAGAAACCAGCCAGCAGCCACCUUGACACUUUGAUACAUUUCUAAUUCUGUAGAGUUUAUUGUUAAAUUGCUUCUCGAGUCUAACCAGCCUUAGCAGUGUGCCUAGACUGUUGCCAGAGGGUCUAUACCCAGAUGCUCUCCUUUCCGAAAUCCACCCAUCCUCAGCUUGUGCAAACUGGUUGAAUGGCAGGAAUGAAAAAUAAAGAGAUGGUUUUUGCGA